AUGACGGACUUAAACAAGGAACUUGGCGUGGAGAAUUCCGCUCUCGCCAAAGUCAUCGAAGAGACUAUGGCAAAAUUCUUCAAAGAAGCGGACGACAAAUCCGAGGCCCGUAGUAACAGAUUAGAAAAGCGCAUUGAAAGCAUGCAUUCCAUUCUCUGCCGUCAUACUGACGAAAUCAAAACUUUGCGUGCUGAUACAAACAUGCUGCAGGAACGUAUCACGCAAACUAACAAGCCCCAAAAGUCAUUGGAGGCAAAAAUCACCGAGAUGGAAGACAGAUCUCGCAGAGACAACCUUCUUAUAUUCAACCUUAAGGAGGGAACGGAAGGGCCAAACGCUCGGGCUUACUUGAUGGAGAGCUUCCCGAAGUGGUUCCCGGCUCUGGGGGCUGCCCCUCUGGAGAUCAUGAGGGCGCACCGUCUGGGCCCACCGCGGAGAUCCACUGCUUCAGCGGACACUGGCCAUAGUCAUCGCCCGCGUCCUCUUAUCCUGAAGUGCCUGCGCUACACCGAGAGGGACCUGCUGCUGAAGGAGGCUCGCAAACACGCACCUGAAGUCGCCGGGAUCCAGUUAAAGUUCGCCGCGGACUACAGCGAACCCACGACAGCCCGCCGUAAAUCAUGCUACAAAAUAAUGCAUGAUGCCCGCACUAAAGGAUUCGACGCGUUUCUUCUCUACCCCGCUACAAUCAAGCUCCAGCGAAGCAACGAAAGCUAUGUCUUCAAGGAGUCCACGGAUGCUGAAGAAUUCCUUGCGGCUGAUAAUCGUGACUAG